UCAACGUCUUUCGUGUUAGCAGUUCAAAGUCUCUUGCAUUGCUUCUAUUUUUAAUUCAUUUUGUUGAGCAUAUGAACGUUAUUCAGCGGACAAUACGCUCGGCUACACCACGCUAGAAGUCAUUCGAGCUGCCUGAUUUAACUAAAAAAGAAUUUGGGGGAAGAGUUUUUGGUUUUUUUUUUAUCUCCUGUCUGUCGGUGUGAACGUGCCCUUCGCCCCUUGCUUUAUCUCCGGACUGUAACGUUAGUGCGCCAUUUAAGCCGCAGGCUAGCUGCUUUUUUCCAGAAUACACGUCCUUUUAACAACUUUUUAGUGCCCGAAAAACGAAAUUGGGAUGUUUUAGUCCUUUGCUACCCGCGUUUUGCUGUCUUGAACGCUCUCUUGUGAACCAGAGGAGGGGGAAAGUUGGGCUCCCUGUCAGCGGCAGCUUUUAGCUUUCGUUUAGACCGCUAACACGGCUGUCUAGCUAAGUUAGCUUCUCUGACUUUACUCUGACUGCCCGUCGAUACCGACAGUAAGCGGAAAAACGAAAGUCGUGAGCUGAAAUGUGGAUUCAUUUGUCUGUUUAUAUGUAAGCUGUACCAUAGUUGGUGCGAAGUGACACGCCAGAAAGAUGACAAGUGUCUGACACGGGGUAUGUCCGUCCUGUCUGACAAGCCAGUAGCUGCUGUCAUCCGAGCGCGUUUGGACGCCGUGCUUUCACUGCUUAACGGACACGGAGCUGAACAGUUUGUUAACAAGUAAUAAGGCUGGAGUUUUCUCUGUGCUUCGCUCAGUUAGCUGGAGCUCUGUAGUUUUAGAGGGCGUUCACCAGGGUCCAAUGGCAGACGCUAACACUAGUUAACUAACUAGAGUUAACUAACUAGCUAGCUGCAGUCGAGCUUAGCUUGCGUCGUAAUUACCACACGCAGGUCGUUGCGUGCAGCUGCCCGUCCGUCCAGCUAUCAAAGCCGCUUAUGUAACGUUGGCGAUUCCGCAUUCGACACCACUGCGAGCCGGCGGUUAGUCUGGAUAGUGCAACAGCUCUGCCACUGGGGUCUGUUUUCCGUUUAAGUGGACCAAAGCGGCCGAAUUAGCGGCUCUGUAAGUGCUUUUCUUAUUGACACGUCACUUUGAAACAGUCUCGGUUUAGGGUUAAUACAGCACUCGGGCUAAAAUCUCCCGGUUGUUCGGGAAUAACGUUACGCCAUCCGAGCCUUUCGCAGCGCUGCUAGCCAAGUGACAAACAUGCGAGGGAAGUAGAGGCAGAAGAAACUGGUCGGCUUUCAGGUGGAGGAGAAAAAAACCUUGGAUUAAAAUCCUGGAAAUGAACUUGUGUACUUCGUAAUUGUCAAACAGCCUUUUCUGCACAUCAACAGACGCUACAGUCCGUCCCCGGUUCGUGCGGAUGAAUGGACUGCAGUUAAUGAGCCUUAUGGGGCAGGACAGCAUUUAUCACGAGUUUAUAUGACGAAGGACAUGGGGAGCAAAGUUGAAAAGUGAGCUUCAGGAGAUGGAUCGUGGGCUGAAACACAGCAAUAAUCCAGACGAAAAUCUGACUUUAGGGGAGCGUACCAUGAGAGGCCAGUUGACAGACUUAACUGCCACCAUGUUGACCACCUCAGCCUCUGGCAACAUCUCAAACAGACUGAACGGCAGUAAUGUUCAGAGGGAGCUCUCUAUAGCAGGACCAGUCUCAAUGGGACACAGCACUCAGGAGCCAGAUGCUAAAGUGUAUGGUAAAAACUUCACGAUGCAGCACCAGCAAAAGCAGAAGGAACCACCAGAACUUAACCUUGGGGAUAACUUUGCUCUCUUGGAUGAGAGCAUUGCGGACUUAAAUCGCACCUCUACCUCAGCGAACUCCAGCGUUCAGGCCCCUGAGCCGUUCUCUUUUAAAAUGGAGGAGUUUUCCCCUCUGGAUAAGAUCGGCUAUGACUUUGGGCCCUAUGGCCAGCCAGAAAAGGAUGUGGAUGGAAAGGAGAAACUGUUGGAAGAAAACACUCUGGACAUCCUACAGGGUCUGGACCUGCCCAGCUCACCUCCGGAACUUAAUGAUUUCUAUACGACAGAGGACACUGCCUUUCUUUCCUCCCUGGCAGUGGAGGACGCCUUGCUUGGAGACAGCAGCAACAUGUUGAAGGAUAUUAAGCCCGUUGUCACUGGCAACAGCGGAACCUGUAAAAAUGUGAACAGCAAUGGGAAAGAACAUCCACAGCAGAUGCUGGAACCUGGUGUCAACAUGCCAGUCAUAAAGACGGAGAAGGACACUGACUUCAUUCAGCUUUGCACGCCUGGGGUCAUUAAACAAGAGAAUGAGAGAAGGAGCUACUGCCAGAUGUCUGGAAUGCCAGGGCCCCAUGGAGGGCCACUAAUGCUGGGAGGUGUUGGUGGCAUGGACAGGCAGUCGUACCACUAUGGAGCCAGCACCUCCUCAGCCACGAGCUUACCUGACCAGAAGCCUGUUUUAGGCUUAUAUCCCCUACUGCCGACUGUUGAUGGCUGGAUUCGGGGCAAUGGAUAUGGGGAUGCAGGAAUGCAGAGGCCCACCGAGGCGAUGCCCCGGGCUUGUCCGCCCACCUACACUUACAGCAGCUCUGAUCAAAGGCCGGACACCAGCAGUUCUAGCUCCUCUGGCCCGGCCCGACCUGGCGGCCCAACCCACAAAAUCUGCCUGGUGUGUUCAGAUGAGGCAUCAGGAUGCCACUAUGGGGUCCUUACCUGCGGCAGCUGCAAGGUCUUCUUCAAAAGAGCUGUGGAGGGAUGGAGAGCACGACAAAACACAGAUGGCCAACACAACUAUCUAUGCGCGGGGAGGAAUGAUUGCAUCAUCGACAAAAUCCGCAGGAAAAACUGCCCAGCCUGCCGCUUCCGCAAGUGUCUCCAAGCUGGCAUGAACCUGGAAGCACGCAAAAAUAAAAAGCUGAUCCGGCUAAAGGGCCAGCAGGCCAUGGCCGAUGCAGCUCACCCCAUGCCCAACGAACGGGCAUGUUCACUGGUGCCCAAGUCCAUGCCUCAGCUGGUGCCCACCAUGCUGUCCCUACUCAAGGCCAUCGAGCCUGAGAUUGUGUACGCCGGCUAUGACAGCACCAUCCCGGACACAUCCACUCGCCUCAUGACCACCCUCAACAGGCUGGGCGGUCGCCAGGUCAUCUCUGCCGUCAAGUGGGCCAAGGCCCUACCAGGUUUCCGAAACCUGCACCUGGAUGACCAGAUGACCCUGCUGCAGUGUUCCUGGCUAUUCCUCAUGUCCUUCAGCCUUGGCUGGAGGUCCUACCAACAGUGCAAUGGAGGCAUGCUCUGCUUUGCCCCAGACCUCGUCAUCAAUGAGGAGAGGAUGAAGCUGCCCUACAUGGGUGAACAGUGCGAGCAGAUGCUAAAGAUUGCCACUGAACUGGUGAGACUCCAAGUGUCCUAUGAAGAGUAUCUCUGCAUGAAAGUCCUUCUGCUGCUCAGCACAGUACCAAAGGAUGGACUCAAGAGCCAGGCAGUGUUUGACGAAAUUCGUAUGUCCUACAUUAAAGAGUUGGGCAAGGCUAUUGUCAAACGGGAUGAAAACUCCAGCCAGAACUGGCAGAGGUUCUAUCAGAUCACCAAGCUUUUGGAUUCCAUGCAAGAGAUGGUGGAGGGGUUGCUUAACUUCUGUUUCUACACAUUCGUGAACAAGUCUCUGAGUGUGGAAUUCCCAGAGAUGCUGGCCGAAAUCAUCAGCAACCAGCUUCCAAAAAUUAAAGACGGGAGCGUCAAGCCACUUCUGUUUCAUCAGAAAUGACUGCCUUAUACAAAACAGACAACAACAAUGCCUUAACGCCACCCUAAAUCUCCACCGCUGGCCUAGCGGCCCCGAUUACUGCCCUGGGUAGGCCAUCAGCUAUCGCGGCUCAACUGAGCGAGAUUGUGAUAUACAUUCUUUUGUUUGGGGUCAUUCCUAGAGAAUGGGUAAAGCUUGCUUUAGAGAGCAAGAAAGAGCAGAAAAGAAAUAUAAAGAAUGUCUGUGGCACAAUUAAGGACAGAAUUAACUAAUUUUUCAACCUUUUAUUUUCCUAAAUUAAAGUAUAACACUUUCUGCAUAAAAGGUAGACUGGAGCAGGCUAAUUUUACAGAUUUUAACAGGAAAGGAAUAUUUUCUAUUGAUUUUUAAAGGUUUUUUUUUUUUGCAUGUACACUGCUGCAAUGUUUACAAAGGUAUAUCAAAAAAGGGAAAAUGUGCCUUUUUAGAGAGAAAAAAAAAACUCAGCUAUUUCUCUGUCCAGUGGCAUACAUGCUGUUCUGUUUGUCUUGUGUCUUGUACCUGUCACCGCUUUUUUUGCUGCUCCUCUUUGAAGCGGCCAUGUUCAUUUUCUAAAGCUGGCAGCUUGGCGGUCCUGAAGAGUAGGGUGUAAAACCCUGUAACCGGCCAUGAAAACGUCAUGCUUUGUGCCGUUUUAGACCUCGACAUUGCACUUGAAAACUGCAUUUUGUACAAGUGCACUCUACAUUGCACUUGGAAAUGCUUUUUUUAUCAAUGAAAAAUGUUUUUUCUUUCAUCACAAACUGUGUGCUGUUUAUGCUGUUAUGCAAUUCUCACACCUCUGACACCAAGCACUAAAUUACAUAGCUAACAUGGCCAAUAUGUCCGCUUCAACUGCAGUCUGUUGUGUAAAAUUGGACACACUACCCCUUGUGUGCAGUGCCCUAUAAAUGAAUCAUUCUGUGCUCUCUGGUGGCCUCUAAAGUAUCUGAAAAGUGUCAAAUGAGUUUUAAGAAGUCAUUUUAAUGGCCUGCAGCCGGCCGCUUUUAUCAAGCAGACAGAUGAUAAGUAAGGUCACUUAGAAUUCAGCUUAAGGUUAAUUACAGGUUUUGCUUGACCUGCCAGUUAAGCACAGCUUUCUGUAAAAGUAAAAUUUCAUGUUUUGAAGAAUCCUAGGCCCGCUGCCCUUUUACUGCUACCAUUCACAGUGAUCAAGUCAACUUGAGCUUAAAGGGAAACUCCAAAGACCACCAAAAAUGAUUGAAUCUUAGGGAACACAUUUUGAACUACAUGCUCUUCCAGGAACAAAAGUCUUACUCUUCAAAAGACAAAGCUGGCCAGCAGUGCUGUUGUAAAAACAGUAAGGCCCAAUCCCAUUUCUUAUUUCUACCUUUACCCCUUGUUUUUGAAUGUCACCUUGUCCCUUGGACAAGGGUUACAAGGGUUAGUGGUUGAAAUUUUGCCAAACAAAAUAGGACAACCCUCAAAUAAAAAAUAACAUCAUUACUUCAUGAACAGGCUACUAGCACUGCUCUGUAGGCGACCCUGUCAGUCUGCAGUGAUAGCAGAAGAGGGUAAUGUUCAGCAACCUCGCUGCUGGGCUUUAGUUAAACUUGGGCAUCAAAGAGGGGGAUGUGACAAUUAUUUAUAGCCCACCCCUAAUUCUUUGGUGAUAUGACUAUUCACCAGCUUCUUGUUCUAAUUUUUCCGUUGUAAGUCCCAUUUUAGUUGGAAUGGGAAAUUUAGCUAUCUUGCUACAGAGACAUCAGCAUACUACUAGUGAUUUUAAUGCUUGUUAUGAAGAAAAGGACCAUAGUGCAUUGAAACAACAUAAAACUAUGAUAAUACAUACAAUGGUUAUUGUAUAUUUUUAACAGAAAAAAAAUACAUUUGUGAAUCUUGUUCAUUUUUGUUUAUUUCUUCUAACACUCUUGUUUGGAGGGCCAUGUAGCCCAAACACUUCACCCUACCUCUCUAUCUCAACAAACAUCAGAACACCCUACCCUUAGGUGUGAGAGUGCAAAAUGGAGGGGCAAAGGGUAAAAUAGGAAUGGGCCUAAGGCUAGUAAGCAUAUUCUUGCAAAGCAUGUAGCAGUUCAGUUUUUUUUGUGACACAAUUGCAGCAACUAUGAGCAAAUGUGACUGGAGUUCUCCUUUAAGUCAGCAUAUACUUGGUAUUGCGUAACCUUAAACUAAUUAUUCUGUCCUGUUUCACCUCUUGGGAGCAGCAAUGCAGCUGUAUUCCUGUUUCACUGUGCUUUUGUUUGAAUCUUCCUGCUGCAGGCUGUUUUGUGGUGUGUACACAUCCCUUUGUUUUUUGUGCUAGAGUCGUUCUUCGGGGCUCGUCUUUUUUGGAAGUCCUUUCUUUAUGAUUGAAAGGGCGCAGGGUGGUUGGGAUGUCUUUUGGGUUUUUUUCUUUUACUCCCAUCUUAUGCCCUUCUGUGUGCUUCUGAGUGCCAAUCUGGUAAAGUACCAUUUUAUGGUGGUAUUGUAAACAGGGACGAAACUUACAUUUGCUUUCCUUUCCGCUCAGGCCUGCGUUCGUUUUCCUUGCUGUGUGAAAAUCUCCAGUUUUCACAAGCUGCUGUCUUUUUUAACGAAACUGCACCAGCGAAGGCGUUACAUCACAACCUAAAGCCCACUCUAACACGCCUAUUAAUAACAGCCUUGCCAUGAUUUCAGCGUGCACAUUCAUUCAUAACACGUUAAAGUAUUGUAGAAUGGUUUUUUCAUUGUGUGACAAGCGCAUUUCUGUGUGUAAAGAAAUAUUCCCUGUCUCCAAGAGUACUAACCACCUAAGCCAAAAGAACAUCUGCCUUGUGAUUCAGGACUAACAAAUCUUAUAUGCGCACUUCUAAAACAGAAAAAAAAAUUAAUGAAUUCUGUCCAACAUGGCGCACUUCAUUAUAUGUACAUCUAAAAUGUUUUAGGUUUAAAAUCCUUUUAAAAGUUCACUGAAGUCCAUUUGCUUAUGUUCAUGUUUAGAGUCAAUGUUAUGACCCAUUUCGGCCAAAAACAGUAUUAACACGCAUGUUUUGUCAGUUUUGUCUGCAGGGCACCCAGAGUCCACCCUUCAUUUAUUUCAUUUCUAGUACAGUCAAAACAGCCUUUAAGUACAAGGUAUUUGUUUUUCAUAGCAGAAAACAUAUGUAACAGAAAAUUACCCAGAUGUUUCAACAACUGAGUAUAGUUGAGUAUUUGGUGUUCACACAGUUUGCUUUCACUUCUUGCUUAGGGAUAUUUCUCCACACCUUUCAAGUUCAGUUUUAGAGGCUGGUUCCAUUUUCUGCUUCUCACAAGCCAACAUAUUCAGCUUAUUGACAGCUACAUAUCCUUUCAGACCCUUAGUACUGAGUUGUCCUCUCAUAGUCCUCUUCUGAGUAAUGAAUGGCCAGGAAUUAAUGGAUUUGACUGAAAAUGAAAUAACCGAAAGGUGGCCUCUGACCUUUGCACAGUACUGUAGAUGUAACCGGGUUCAUGGUGUUAAACUUUUUUUUAAAGCCGAGCUUAAAAAAUAUCUCACACAUUGCUGAGAAGGUUAAAGUCUUUUGGCUUACUUUCACAUACAGUACAGUGUUAGCAGGACUCAUGCUCAUUAAACAUCAUCUGUACGAAAUGGACAUUUGGUGUACUGCAAACAGUGAAGUCCAUAACCUGUAGCAUCCCAGCACAGAGAUAAAAUAUAGAGUUUAUUGUGACAGUUUAUUUUCCGCAGCAAAUUCCACAGCAGGCCUGUGUUUUAUUUUGCUUAGCUGUUUCACAGUAGGCCUUGCUAAAGGGAGACUGAGAGCCAUAAAAAGUUUUGAAUUCAGGAGAACUCAUCCAGUAACAAUCAUAGAAAAUCUAAUCCUCCACAAUCUUUCACUAAUUUGAAAUUUGAAGAAUAUUAGAUAAAGUCUGUUUCUGUAUUCAAAUCCUUUUAGUACAGAUAAGAAUUUUAUUGCAUAAGACGCUUGUAUAAUUUGUUUUGUAAAAAAAAAAAUGGAUGUAUUGCAAAUUUACUUUAAGAAGAAGUGUUAUAAUGUUUGACAUGUAAGUAAAUGUAAAUUCUAUAAAUCAAUAGGAAAGAUUUAAGAGAGAUCACUGUGUUUUUAAAAAAAAAAAAAACACGACUGGGAUUAUAAGUAGAUAGAGGGGCGAGGGACUGGAGCAUAUUUUAUAUCAUGCAACAGAGCGACCAAAGCAAAGUAGGUUAUUAUAAAAAUAAAAAAAAUAAAAAAAAAGGAAAGAAACUGAAGUGUUUAAAGCAGUUACAUUUUACAGUAGCACUUAUUAUCCAACUCUAGAAUGUAUUGUUUUAUCUACUUUUUUCUAUUUCUUUUGUAAAAGUCUAGGCUUUGGUUUCAUGUAUAUUGCUGUGAAAAACAAAAAAAAAGAAAAACAAACAAAAAAUAACUGUGUGUGAAAGUAAUGUACCAGAGCCUAAGAAUUUGCACUACCCUAAUACUGGUCUAAAAAAAGUCUAUUUUGUACAAAAUCCAUGCAAAUAUUAUCUUUAAAAUUAAGGGCAGAUCAUACUUCACUUGCGUAUGGCUUACAUUAAAGUCUGUUCUGUUUGUAUUUCAGUUAUGUAAAUGUAAUCCAAUGUAAAGAAUAAUGUCUAUUUGUUUAAAAAUAGUUUUGUAUUACACUUAAGUAGUCAAUGUCAAUCUUUACACAUAUUUGAUUAAAUGUUGAACAAAAGUCA